AAUUUUCAGCUGAAUGUUCGAAGUUCAUUAAUCAUUCAAGCUUUCAUUUAUUUUGUGCGAUGUUUCCUCAUCCAUUCACUUAUUUAUUUGAAUUUUCAACAAAAUAUACAAGUGCUGUUGUACUUGAUAAGAGAAGAAAAGGAAAAUUACCAUUAGUAUCGAUUUUUCAUUGUUCAAAAUGAACUAUAAUGGAGUGACUAAAGGAAAUGGUACACGAUGCAAUGGACAAAAAUUUUCGCGCUUAUUUUGACAAAUUUUUGUUUUAAAACCGGCAGGGAUGAUGACAUUAUUGUUGGAUCAAAAUGCGCAAAAUUCGUUCUUUCAUUUUUUACACUAUUAUUAUUGUUGGAGCACUGGUUAUUCCCAAGUUUAUUUUCAAUAUCGCAACUCACAAUACGAGAUACGAUAAAUUGCAAUACCGUCGUCAAGUUUUAAAUUUACGAGUUCGAAAUGUGGCACGUCGUUUAGCGAAUGAUUUGCAACAAGUACGAAAUGUUUUAAAUCAAGGAGAUCAUUUAGAAACGGUCAUUUUGGUAAUUGCUUGUAAUCGUUUUGAAGCGUUGAAAGAACAUUUGGAAGCACUAAAAAAUUUACAAGGACCCACGGUUCCGAUUGUUGUUAGCCUUGAUUGUAAUGAUGAUGCAGUGCGUGAUCUUAUUCUCAGUUCUGGUCCAAAUAUUACUCUAAUCGAAAAUCCCAAUCAAUCUUCAUUCAAUUUAACCAAACGGGAAAAAAAGUAUGAAGGUUAUUAUCGAAUUGCGCGACAUUAUUAUUUCGCCCUGGAUUAUGUCUUCACCAUUCUAGGAUAUCAAAGUGCUAUUAUUACCGAAGAUGAUUUGCUACUGGCUCCGGAUUUUCUGGAAUACAUGCUGGCAAAUAGAAAGUUAUUGUUCGAAGAUCCGACAAUUUGGUGUAUAUCAGCGUGGAACGACAACGGAAAGAAAGAACUCAUUGUAGAGGAUAACUCUUUGUUGCAUCGAACCGAUUUCUUUCCAGGUCUUGGUUGGAUGCUUACAUCGCAACUGUGGGAGGAACUGAAAGUAAAAUGGCCCAAAACAUUUUGGGAUGAUUGGAUGCGUGACCCAGCUCAACGUCAAGGACGAGCAUGUAUUAGGCCGGAAAUAUCACGUACGGGGAUCAGUUUGAGAGGCAAGAAGGGUGUCAGCAAAGGCCUCUAUUACGAGAAACACUUAAAACAUAUCGUGGUUAACACGGAUUUCUAUUAUUUCUCGCAAUCUGAUUUGUCUUAUUUAAAAAAAGACUACUAUGAUCCUGCCUUCCGCAAAAUUGUUCUUGGAGCGGUUCCUGCUACUUUGGAUGAAAUUCUGAAAGGAAGGUUUUCAAAUGGUACUGUUUUGCCAGAAAAAGUGCGCUUGUUUUAUGUGGCUUCAGUUGAUUUUAAGGCUUUUGCCAGAAGAUUCAGUGUAAUGGAUGAUUUUCGGUCAGGUGUAUGUCGUACUUGCUAUAAUGGAGUGGUCUCAUUUCGGUAUGGCCAGCAUCGCGUUUUUUUGUCUCCAAAGGAAAUUCAGAACAUCUGAAGGGCUUUUUUAUGAUUAUUUGUCGGGUUUAAUUGAAAUGUUUGUUUUAAUUUUCAAGUGCUGCCGUACUUGAAAUACUGAUUGUUUCAGUUUAACUUUUGAAUAUAAUUUAGCUAAAAUGUUGUGCUUAGAUAUGAGUACUACUUAUCCCGUGUAUUUUAGAAUACUUGUUCAAUUUAGAAUUUUCUUGCCGGUGUUGUGUCGUGUCUGUGAUUGUUUACUAUGUAACAAAAAAGUUAACCUAAUACUUAGCUGAUUGUCCAGUUGUAUUUGCUCCUUCGCAGUUG